GUGUGGAUUCUUUCUGUGUAUCACACGAGUGUGGAGAUCGCUUUAGACGCAUCGACAGAAGGCAGAAACCAUAGACCUAUAUAUUUCCUAUUUCAGUGGCAGAAACAGAAAGAAAUAAAAACUCUAUAAUCUUUGGGUUUUCCGGCAUAUUUUUUUAACUGACAACGUGCUCUUGGCAAAGAACUAGCCAAAAUCAAAAUUUUCUGUAUAGUCAAUUAAUGCAAAAUGGCGCAAUCUCCAAAACAACACUCUCCACGACCACAAUCACCUCCAAAUGGAACUAAAGCAAAGAAGCCGCGGAAACCGUAUGAAGAAAUCGGAGCUAUAUUUAACGGAAACGAAGUAAAAAUCCGAGUUCCUAAGAGCACGUCGAAGUCUCCGAAGCUGACACCAUCGCAGCUCAAGCUGCAGCAACUGUGCACGUGCGACGACGACGACUCGGUGUGCUCAGAGACCUGCGGUGCGGGUGCCGCGGGCGAUGAGAAUCAGCUGUUCUUCCAGAUACCGGAUGACAUUUGCGAGGCUACGUCGAACCGGAGCGCCAACAACUCCGAGCUCGUGUACAGCAAGAAGGAGCGGCACGCGGCGCUGUGCAACACAUGCAACGUCACGCCACCGGACGCGCCUAAAGGCGUCAAGGCUCACAAGGUGCUGCAUCCCAACAAGGAUGUGUUCGUCUUGAAAAUCGGCAAGCAGACUGAUGAACCUAACCGCACUGGUAACAUUGAGGUGGAAUUGGUGACGCCGCGCGCUCCCGCUCGGCCCAAGCCCCCCACGCACGCGUGUAAGGACAUCCAGUGCGAAGGACCCGAGGUCAGCUGCUGUAUGCCCUGCAAGCAGUGCCGCCCGUGCCGCAAGCGGAGGCGACUCCCACCCUGUUGCAUGUGACCGCCUGACGUAAGUUACAUCCCCAACGACUGGAACUUAUUUCAAGUAACCAGA